AUGCUAAAUUAUGAUGAUGAUUUUUUUAAUAGUAGAUAAAAGAAAGAAUUUAGAAUAAAUGCUACAAUCAUUAUCUCUAUGAUGUAAAUAACAAUUUAAGCAGUUAUUAUGGUAAUAAAUGGUAUUUCACACUUUUGUAUUUUAUAUUAUGCUGGAUCAAAACAUACUCCUGCAAUAAAAUAUCAUUAUCAUUUACAUAGAUUAUUUAAUCCAAUCUUUUUACAUGGAGGAAAUGGUCAUCUUUUAUCUAAUUUACUUAGUUAAUUAUUAUUGUGUUACUCAUAUGAAAAUAGAAAUGGAACACAAGAUUUCUUAUAACUUUAUUUUUUAGCUGGAAUAGGUGGUAAUAUAGUUAGUGCACUCUAUUUUCCAAUAGCAACAGGUGUAGGAGCAAGUGGAGCAAUUUUUGGAUUUAUGGGAUAUUUAUUAACAUAUUUGAUAAAAACAAAAUAACCUUAAGAAAAGUAUUAUGGUAUAUUAAUUGUACUUUGUAUAUAAAUACUCUUGAUAUUUGAACCACAUAGUCAUGUAGAUUAUUCAGCUCAUUUUGGAGGAUUUUUAGUAGGAAUUUUAUGGUAUUAAAAACAGAAGGCAUUAAUUGGAGUUUUGUUAUUGUUAGGAUGUGUCUGCAUUUUUAUGAUAGAUGUACCAGAUUAAAAAUACUGUUGA